GCUCCCCUAAAAACCUACCCCGUAGUAUAGCUGUAAUCAUGCAUGAGACCUUAAAGCCCUUGGGGCGAGGAAAAUUACUUGCCAAGCGGGAAAUAUAAGUUUCUUAAAGAGACCCACAAAUACAUUGGCCACGUUUUCUGCCAUAGGCUGAAGGUGACCAGAACUAGGAGUUCCGAACUCCUCUGCACUGAUAACGGCUACUGGUGCGGACUGAACUCUCUUGACAACAUUCUCGUCUCGCUUAGGCUAGAUGCAUGUGUCAGUGUUCCUCUCCAACAAUCAAGCUGCACGAGAAAACAGAACAAAACUACUGGCGCUCCAACAGGUAGAAAACAGUGACCAGCGAUGAUGUAACUGAAACGGAGUGCGUGCUACUGCUACUUUUUGCUGGCGAGGAUGACACGGCCUUUGGGCUUCAAAAAAUGGCGAAUAUCUAAUAAUAUGGACACUAGGACUUUAGAGGUACUUGCAAAGGAGGUGAUUGCAAACUUGCUUUCAUACCCCCAUCUUUAACGUCCUCUCGCAGUUUUAAACUCGGAAUCUCUCGUCUUCAUGGGGUUUCUUUUAUAUCCUGUUCUGGGUUGUGGUUGUGUUGAGUCUUAGUUCUUCGAGUGGUGUGUUAGCGGGACUAGUAACUGGUCGCAAGGAUAAGCUUUGCUGGUUCAUGUUUUCAUGCUUUCUUGGCAAGAGAUUGAGGGGUUUCAAUCAAUAAGCCUUCUGCGCCUUUCCGUAUAGAAAACAGGAAGGAAACGUGUUGAGAGAUGAAAUCAGCUGGCAGAUCAUCUUCAUGCUUGAUGCGGCUCUCGUAGAAUUCUUCUUGCGAGUCGCGACUACAAACCAGUUCUUGUAAUGGGACGCAGGCGCUGCAUGCUGUAGUUGGAUGGUUAGAAAUGGAUUAUUCUUAGUGACGAAAAUUUAGACAGACUGAUGAGAAGUAGGACCAGAGAUGUGAGGACGAGACUUUUAGGACCCCCGACGGCGACUGGGGUAGUGCCUCUCGGCAGAAACCCGAGCCUUUGGUGAGAUGAUUGUGUAGGUCAAACAGUUCGUGUUUAUGUGUUAUCAUCGUCGUCGUAUUUUCUUUUACCUCGCUUCUUCAGCCUUGAGACCUCUCAAUAUUAUCUUCGUGCUCCGCUGGAUCACAUCCAACCCUGCUUCACGAGUCGAACGACUUUUACAUUUAAAAGCUUGUGUUGAAGAACAGUAGGAGGGCGAGUGGGAUGAAGGAUCAUUGAAUCGUGAUUUCAGCAAUUCAUGUCACCAAGGUCUGCCUAAUGGAUUCUCACUAGUUUACACGAUAAGCUAAGUGGACAAGGGCACGGCUGCAAUUGUUCGUCGAUUUUGGAUAGUUUUAUAGAGUGCUCAUGGGGUUUUUACCACGUCGAAUAUAGAACCGUGAGCUGCAUAUUGCAGGAUACCUGGCCUGAAAUCUGGCAGGAUACGAUUGCUUCUGACUUAGUUUGGGCACGAUGUGGAGGUCAGUGCAGGCUGUUAGAGCCGGAAAGUAUGUAGACUCCAAGGAAGACGAUGAUGAUCUUGCAGCCAAAACUAAGCAUUUUCGAAGCGAUGAUUCAGUAUGGAUUCGAAAGGGCUUUGUUGUCGCCAGCGUCGCCCUCUUUUGCCUUUUUCUCCUCACUGGAUUUCUCUCAAGGACAAGAUUGACUUCUGAGCCCUCUAACGUUUUCAAGUAUGUAGAGGCUUUCAAUUCUGAAGUGCUCGAGUCCGGCUCCGAAUCGGAGCCCGAGGAGCCUGGUUCAGAUUCAUGGGAAUUAAACGACCACUUAGAGGCAAGUAAACAGGUCGGAUGCCACAAGGAUUCUGCUAAGCUUAAAGUUUUUUUGUACGACCUGCCGCCUAAGUUCCACUACGGCAUGAUCCCUGAAUUCACACCCGAAGAGAGCCAAAUCUGGCCGCGGAACGUGAGCAAUAUACCUCGGUACCCCGGCGGAUUGUAUCAGCAGCACAGUCCUGAGUAUUGGCUUAUUUCGGAUUUGGUCACCUCCGACAUGCCCGAGCGUUCAACGCCAUGCACCGCCUUCCGGGUUAAAAAUUGGCAGAUCGCGGACGUGAUACUUAUCCCAUUCUUCGCGUCUCUGAGCUACAACAAGUAUAGUAGGCCAGCAGUCCGAGGAAGAAAGAAAAUGGACAGAAAUCAGGAACUUCAAGUGAAUUUACUCUCGUUUCUGAGAUCCCAGCCGGCGUGGCGAGCUUCCAACGGCGCAGACCAUGUGCUCAUAAUCCAUCACCCCAAUGCUAUGGUGUACAAGCGGGAGCAGUUUCGAAGCGCCAUGUUUGUGGUGGCGGAUUUCGGACGCUACGACGCGGAAGUGGCGAACAUUGCUAAGGACGUGGUCGCGCCAUACAAACACAUCAUACCAAAUUUCGACGACGAUAUCGACUCCGUAUCCUCGUUCAAUACCAGAACUACUUUACUGUUCUUCCAAGGUGCGAUCGUGCGCAAGGAAGGCGGUAUUAUCCGGCAGAAGCUGUACGAGCUUCUGCGAGACGAGUCCGACGUCGUGUUCGUUAACGGCACAACUACAAGCGCCGGAAUCCGCAGCGCUACGAGUGGGAUGCGGCAGUCGAAAUUCUGUCUCCACAUGGAGGGCGAUACGCCGUCUUCCAACCGUCUUUUCGACGCAGUUGCCAGUCAUUGCGUGCCGCUGAUCGUCAGCGACGACAUUGAGCUCCCCUUCGAGGAUGUUAUCAACUACACCGAAUUUUGCCUGUUCGUGAACUCUUCAGACGCGCUGCGCAAGGGCUUUUUGACCAAUUUGUUACGUAAUUUUGGUGAGAAGGAAUGGACGAGGAUGCAUGACCGCAUGCGCGAGGUGCAAAAGCAUUUUGAAUACCAGUUGCCUUCAGAAAUAGGCGACGCGGUGCAAAUGACGUGGGAGGCCAUCGCUCGCAAGGUGCCAGCUCUUACUCUCGCCCGCAACAAACGCCGUCGCUAUUCUAGGUCCGAAUUAGUCUCUUAAAUUUACUUCCCCUCAGGAAAAAGAAAAUGUGUAUCAUAACCUUCAGGUAUCAAUUCCGUGCGUAGAACCCACUAAUUUAUCCAGGAUUGCUAACAUCAUAAUUCAAUCAGUUUUAACUUUCCUGUUAAGCAAUCAGAAUUUAUUUCAAUGAGGUUGGAACAAUUUUCUCUCACCAGCAGAAUUACGUCACAAUGUGCACAGCAGGUCUGAGAGUAUCUCAUCAUAGUCCAGUAGUUAGAUAUGACUCAUACACCAUUAAUUUUUUCGAAAGGGAGUUGUAAAUGGUGAUGUAUGUGCAUAAGCGUAACAACUUCCCAACCUCUCCGCUGCCACUAUUACUAGCGGUGGAUGAGUUUGCGGAAAACGAAAUUCUCUAACUUCAGUUACUAAGAGCAUCUUUGCUUUAGAGCAUUUACACAACCUCCCGGGUCACGAUUAAGAUUGAUCCGGGUUUCAGGCUUGGUCAAAUGCGAUUAGGUGGACACCGUUGCACAAAGGAAUGCAAGAUAAUUAGUCAUGUCCAUGUUAUUUACGCAAUCCGAUGCGAAGGCUGCCUCUCUCUCUGAUGCGAAGCUGCAGCUCCCGUGUCCCCUCUAAUGUCAAUGUCCAGGUGAAGGAUGAGGCACAAAAUCCGCAUCAUCCACACCAUAAUGAUCCCAGACCUCCUCAAUGAUUUGCGACUGCGUUCGAUACUGCGAUAUGCUUCAAAGGCUGCCAUUUCGAUCCAACCACCACUGCGCAACCACCGGGUCAAAGCCCUUCGAUGUGGAGGGUUUGAGUAGCGGCAUUUAUCUCGAUCUUUACCGCUAGCGAAGGAUCUUACACGUGCACCUUGAAAGGGCACUGUGAAUCAUACGAGCCUGCCAUUUACUUGGUUUACACCAGAUCCUUGCUUGACUGCUCCGUUGCCAGAGCUGUGUUGGUUUUCCUUCAACAUCAUGUAAUUAUUUCGAUAAACCCUAAAACCUGAAUAGGUGCAGUGGAAUGCCACACGAGGUUGAAAUAGUUUGACUUCGGUCCACAUUUCUCCCUCACCAUCCUGUAAGCGGCCCACACAUUUCCCAUACUUGAGGCUUUUCUGGGUCUUUCUUUUUCCCCUUAUUUAAAAGUAUUAUCCGGCUCAAUGCCUCAAGCUACAAGGCUCCGCUGAGGACAAAUACAGCACUGAUAUGCACAAAAUAGCACUCACAAGCACUCACAGUAAGUUUAAUAAAAACUUGGCAUCACAUGGCACUAACAUGUAACACUGGCUACGAGAACAGAUAAGACUCACCACCCACUUUUCCGGAUGUCGUUUGCCUUGGUCCCCGGGAAUCAAAUGUGGGUUGUGAGGCAGACCUCCGGCAUGGAGUACUUGGCAAUUGUUCUGGAGAUGUUGGACUCGACAUUCUGGGCACACGUCGACAACAGCACACAAGAGAGAGAUACCUUUCCAGAUUCACCGGGACGAGAUGUCCUGCCAUGUGUCGGAACAGUAGCAUGCCAGUGGAUACAUCGCCAGUGCAUGCUUCGCCAUGCUACUUUUCCGGGCUCUCCAUGCUAGCAAUCCGUAGACAUGCAGAUCUGUCGUUAGGCAUGCAACUGCGUAUGUUCAUCAAAUUCUCUUGAGCCUGACAGUGGUGUGAUCA